AUGAAUUCUACAUCAUCAUUUAAAGUCAAUCCAUUGAAUAAAAUAAUAGGUCUAUCGGUAGUACUAUCAGUGGGUUUUUUACUAGUGAUACUAGCAGGUAUAUAUGGAAAUUGGUUUCCAAUAAUAAUAGGUUUAAUUUUUGCUGUUGCUCAUUUACCUAUAGUUAUAACGAAGUCUUUAACAAAUUCAUCAGAUUACGAUUUUAAUUUUGAUCAAUCUACUACAAAUGCUAAUAUAAUUGUUGAAUUUGGACAAUUUUUAUCUUCAUUUUUAUUAGUUACUGGGUUUUAUUUACCUUUUAUAUUACACCAUUCAUUAAUUUUAACUAGAAUGGCAAGUAUAUUGACGAUUAUUGGGGGACUUUUAAUUUAUGCAACAAUUUACACUUUUAGUCAUUAUUUUGAUGAUACUUAUGAAGAUGAUGGAUUGGCUGACCUAGGUGGAGGUGUUAUAUGA